AAAUUUCCCAUGAUGCAGCGCUCGCGCAUGCUCUGUUGUAGCAAACAACAUGGCGUCGCUGUCAUGACAGCGGCAAACUUUUUCGUCAAACUUGAGCAGUUUUGGGCGAAUUUGCGCAAUUUUCAGGCAUCUGGACCAGGGAUUUUGACGUUUCAUAAUACUAGAAAAGGCGGAAGGUUGCAGAAACUUCAGUAUGCACUCCAGGGCCUAUCUUCUGUUAGAGAGAGAGUUCUACAAACUGCAUGAUGAUCCUCCAUGGGGAAUUGAUGCAGGUCCAGUUGGAGAUGAGAACAUUUUUGAUUGGUCAGCAACAAUUAUGGGUCUCAAGGAUACAAUAUGGGAAGGUGGAAUAUUUCAAGUUCAGCUGAAGUUUAACGAGUUUUAUAACGAGGAACCUCCAGAGGUGGCCUUUCACACCAUUCCAUUCCAUCCUAAUGUACAUUCUAUCACAGGCAGACCCUGUAUAGACUACUUGGACAACAUCCAGGAAUGGAAGGAGUCCUACAGUCUGGUACAUGUCCUGCUGUCUAUACAGACCCUCCUGUCUAACCCAGUGGUAGAAGAUGCAGUAAAUGACGAUGCUGCAAGGAUGCUUGUGACCAACCCUGACAGAUAUCUAGAGAUGGUACGGAGCUGUGUGGACGCCAGUAAACGAGUCCAUGCUGGCCUAAGUCCUCACGAAGAAGAAGAAAGGAAAAUCAGACGAGAUUUCCAGCCUUUUGUAGCGCCGGCUGCCAAGACCGCGGGAAUCAAGACGAGGAAGGUGUCGUUUGAUGAGUACCACACCACAUGGAGCGGCAUAGCUACGUCUAAAGCCACUCCCGCCAUGAAAAACCCUUUGUUAGAGUCUAUCCGUGACGACCCUAUACGACAAUCCUCCCACUACGGACUGACUGUGGAGCAACUGCAGGACCAGAUGAAGAGACAACUGGAGGAACACAAUGCCCUGAUGUACGGGAAAUUUGUAGAUCAUGGAAAGACGGACGACCAACGCGAACAGAAACUCAUGAAGAUCAACCAGAUGAGGAAAGUUUACAUGUCCAAAAGAAUAACAGAACCCUCCACCCCCACCCCGAGUGACACCAAGGAAUUUGCUCCCCCCAAGGAGAGUGAGGAACCCUGGGAAAAAGAGGUCGAUGACCUCGUGGCCUGGACACACAACCUGGAUGAGCAGCACCUAGAGUCUGUGUGAAACUGCAGUAGGAGACCACAAAACUCCAGUAUGAUACCAUAGUAGGCAUAUAGAAGCAAUGUUGGCUAACACACAUGCAAAUUGUACAGGAUAAGUACAAGUGGUUGCAGAGUUUAGGCAUGUAUAUUUCUGCUGUUGACUUCUUUUAGUUAUAGAAUUGCUGUGAUAACAGCAUGGUAUUCUGAAAUUGGUUUCUUUGUCUCUGUAUACAGUAUAUUGAGAGAAUGCAAAAUCGGAUGACGAAUUAUAAUUUUUGUAAUACACACAUUAAAGUUGAACACUGAGUUAUCACAUAAUGUUGACUACUAAAGGGCCCUCAAAAUAUUCAAUCCUCUAAUUUUGCAAGACACUUAAUAUGUCUUACCUGUUUUAGAGUGAAGUUUACCUUUUGCACGACAUGAUACAUGUAAGCUAAGCUCUUUUGUAAAAUCUUUAGUUGUCGCAGUUGAUGAAGUAAAGUUUGGGUGUUUGGAAAUUAUAACGACAUUAAGGUUAAUUCAGGGACUCUAAUUACUAAGCUUGUACAUACUUUUUAUUAACUCAGGUUGAGUGGUAGAAUCAUGUGGCUAUAAUUCCAAAGAUUAAUGAACAACCAUUAUAUAGAUAGACCAUAUUGGUCUAGCUGGAGCCAAAUUGUUUUAUACAAUCUUUAAUGAUAUUAAUGGCUUUGUUAUUAAUGUUGGACUUCACAAACAAGACUGCAACAC